UUAUGUACUUAGACUUGCGAAAGAAAUAGGAUCACUGUAGAUCGUGAAUCAGUAUGUUCAGGAAUAUUGAUAGGUCUGACAUACAUGUAAGAGAUAUUCAAUCGGAAUUUGUACGCGAUCGUGAUUAUGAUGUAAUAGUUCACUUUCCCAGCCAGGUCGUCUUUCGCAUGUACGUACUUCAACACUAUUCAACAUACCCCAAUCGUUAUUUUCUGGGUCGCGUUCUAACUGAUUGGAACUUGAAUCUAAUCGAGCACAGAUCCUGUCGGGAUGUUUCGGUCGCUUCUUGCACCAUGGCAAAGUCAUGAAGACCUCGCGCCUACUUCGCCUGCAAUUAACAUCAUUGGUGGCGGUGCCCCAGAUACCAGCAACAGUGGUGAACGUGUAGCCAAACAAACCAUGCGAGAUAUGGUAGAGGACUUGAAAGUAACAGAGGCAGUAGUCGCGAAGACAACUCUCCUGCAACGAAUUGCUACUCUUGUUCGCGAAGUACCCGAAACGAAAGACGCGUUUCGCGAUUCAGAUGGAUUUCUCUUACUGGUCCACGUGCUCUCUACACUGUCGACCACGAUCGGACGACGAGGAUCCCAAUCGACGCGUGAUGCCGUGGCUUGUAUCAAGUCGGUUUUCACGUUGGCCUCUGAGGCUUUGAAGGGACAUGCAAUGAACCUUGAAUUCUUUGAGGAAUUCAUCGGUUACUCUUCGCUUUCCGAUGCUGCGGACCUGCUAGUCUCUAACGCAGUGACAGCGGACGUGACGCUCGGGUGCUUGUUAGCUCUUUCAUUUGGUGAUUUCUCCCUCGUGAAUUUUUUCAGCUCGUUACGAACAAAAGUGCCUGAGAUCGAAGCGAUGCACAGCCACUUCCUGGAAUUUGCACCUGGUCUAGCCAGUAUCAGGCUCCCCGGAGCAUUCAGUGUUCUUUGGAGCUUCAUUCUGCUGACAAUGAACACGGAUCACGCCUUGAGGCUCAUCGUUUACCGGCUUCUAGAACAUCUGACGCAUAGCACACAUAGAAACCUCGCCGUCCUAAGCAUGCAAAAUAUCUUGCCGCAUCUUUUCAAAUCGUGGAAGACUAAUAUGAGCAGCACCAAAGAUGACGAUAAGGAGCACCGAAUCCUAGCAAAAAUUCUUCGGCGUCUUUUUGAAAUGGGUGCUAGUACCCAAGACUCGAGAGAUUUGCUGCAUUGUACUGCGAAGCAAGAUGGAACCGUAGAUGCAGACAUGCUCGAACUUCUGCGCUCAAGUGCGAAGUCGAGGUGGCCACAGCACUUCUCUCUUGGUGGCUGUUCUGCGCUAGCUAUGUCGUCCACCGAAAUGCAGACUUUCCCUGCCCAUGGGUUCACAUUCAUGGCCUGGAUUUGGCUCGAAAGGAUGCCUUCGGAACCACACAAGUUGUUCAGCAUAUCCUUUGGGUCCAACGAUGCCGUAGCUCUCUCUGUCGGUAGCAACGGGGCAUUAGCCUUCCGAUCAUGCGUCGUUCAAAAAGUUGAAGUGCUUCCGAAGUCGAAACUGGCGGCUUCUCGAUGGACACACGUCACCCUUGUGCAUCAUAACCAUAGAUCAUCGCAUCCUUCCGUCUGCUUGUUCAUUGAUGGCGUUCCAAGCGACUCGCUGCAAUGGGCAUAUCCAAAAUUCGAUGAGACGUCGCCUGCGACUUUCAUGGUGGGUGAUGACGUUACCGCAGUCGAAUCUAGCUGGUGCGUGGCUUCUGCCUACGUGCUUUCGGUCGCGCUCGAUGACGACCUUCCGAGAUUUAUACACCACCUAGGCCCCCGAUAUUCUGAGUCAUUCCAAGAUCAGACUCUCAUCAGGUUCCUGACGUACGAAGCGUCGACUUCGCUUAACAUGCACAUUACAACUCAAGGCGCAUCACUACCUGAGAAUUCGCAACUCAAGAAGGCCAUUCGUGGAGAUUCGAUUAUUAGCGAUUCAUCGAUUAUAUUUCGUGUCGUCCCUCAACCGCACAAUAAAAAGGACCAAAUUGUAACUCGAGGCGAUGUAUUUACAGUAUGCUGUCAGUCGCUGGACCUUGCCGUGUGGAGGAUUGGCGGGGCGGCUUCAUUGCUGCGACUAGUAGCACUUGCUCAAACGCCGCAUGAACUUUCCAGAGCAUUGAGCGUUUUUUCUGACUGUCUUCGCAACAGCUGGCAAAACUCUGAUGACAUGGAAAGGUUACAUGGUUAUGACGUUCUUGCAAGCACGCUGAGAGCUCGAAGUCAUCUCAUAAACAUGACUAGCUUUGAAACAUUGUUUGAAUUCCUUGGUCUGAAUUUCCGUUCUCCAGAUUUAUCCACUGUCGUCAACACCAUCGCAUACAAAGCUGUGGCACUUGACUUUGAGCUGUGGUCGAAAACCAGUGCCGACAUUCAACGGGCUCACCUUGAACAUUUCGCCUUCUUGUUGCGUGCCAGCCGAUAUAGACAGUUCACCAUCAAGAUGCGAUUGUCGAAACUAGGCAUCGUACGCAAGUUAUUAUUCGCCAUUCAGUCAGUCUGGUACCCGCAAGAAUCUAUACCACUUGUCGUCAACACAUUGGUGCUUGUUGCACAAUCAUCGUUUACAGCGGAGGAAGUGAUCAAACCAAUCGUUUCAUACAUAGCUGCCACCCUUGCUGAAGAGUCCCGAUCGUCGUCGUCGUCGUCACCUAGAUCAACAACAUCCCGUAGAGACUUGCUACAAUCUAGUACCAGGGAUAAAGCCGAGCAAGUCCUUGAGGGUCUUGUUUCCAUGAUGCGCAUCCCUUCGCUUUACUCUAAGCUUGCUGGUACGCUCCCUAUGCCACGGAUCUGUUUGCUCCUAAAAGCCUCGGUAUCAUCUGGCAAAAACUUCGAGUUGGCCAGUGGUUGGGGCGUACUCAAGACUGUGUUGCCUCCAGUUUGGGAUCGCAGUGUACAUGAUGCAGCUUUAGAUAUCCUGCCUGGGCGCUCUGGAGACAGAUUCAGUGAUGACUCAGGAUCCCCUCAAAUGGACUGUCGAUUGAGAACAAUAAUGCUGAACCCGAUGAAGGUGGGCCAUCCGUUUAAUGCCUUGAUAUUCAAUUUCACUCUUCGUGCAGCUCCUUCAAAAGAUGCGAUCAUCUGGAUUCUCGAUGACUUAACAAAGUUGCACGAAUCGAGCUCAUCAUUCCGCCGCGUCUUCAGGUCCCAAAGCACUGCACAGCUACUUGUUGAUGGCCUCAAUAUUUUCUCCCCCGUAAGACAGCCUCCCAGGGUGCUGGAUGCCAAAAUAUCCGCCAAACUAACACACUUCGGACUACUUGUUGCGAUGGGCAAGCACAUAUCUACGUCUCAAAAACAACAGUCCUCUCAGACUCCUGUGGACACUUCUGGGUCACGACUCGGGCUUGCUCAAGCAGACACAGUCUGUAAAGCGUCUGCGCGUCUUAAAGAAUGGCGACAGACGAUUCUUGUUUCGGAGCGCAAACGCUUCAGACAGACACUAUUAGACUUGCAGGAAAAGCGACGUAGAGUCGCAUCUUUUGAAGAAAAUGUAUCUGUAUCGACGACCGAACGCGAUAUUUGGUCCCACUCAGCUCGGAAACGCGUGUGGAAAUUGGACGAGACCGAAGGACCGCACAGAGUUAGGACAAAGAUGGAGAGCCUCCUGGAAAUGUUUGUGCAGGACUCGAGGUCUACUGGUCAUGAGGAAGCUUCGUCAGCUUUUGAUUCAGAGCUGUUGUCGCUGUCCCAGUCAGAACUUGCUUCUCCGAAUCCCGUGGUUGUUCCAUCUUAUACAGGCGAAGACGGCGAUCAUCAGCUCGCUGAAGAGGUAACUGAGGACAAACUCAGGAGAGUGAGGCAUCAACUCGAACCUGGCGAUGUCAUUGAGGCUGUUAGCACUGUCUGCCGAGUAUCCGGCGUCGAUUCCUUUCUUGGCAUGUUGAUCUUCGGGCGUACCCACCUGUACAUGUUAGAAGGCCUCGUAGAGAAUAGUGAAGGCGAAGUUAUUGAUGCAGGUGAUGCGUCGGAAGGAUUGUUCCUUAUAUCUGGAAGUGCCGUGGACGUUCGGAACUCGCAGCGGGCUCAACGAUGGUCAUUAGAGCAAGUUUCAGGCUUCUCUGACAGGAUGUUCCUUUUCCAGGAUGUAGGGUUCGAGAUCUUCUUCAAAGAUAGCCGCACACUGCUGGUUAUUUUCCUUGAUAAGUCACGUCGCCAAGUGGCUUCCCAGAUGCUUUUGUCGAUAGCCUUGAAAAUGAGGACAUCCGACCCCAGUUUGACACCUAGAUCUAUUACACCCAAAUCGCUUUUGAGAAGUAGAUCAUCCACUAGCGCAGUAGAAAAAGAACUCCAAUUGGCGCAACAACAGUGGCAGAACAGAGAGCUAAGCAAUUUUGGUUAUUUGAGUAUUCUCAAUCAACUGUCAGGACGUACCCCAAACGAUGCAACUCAAUACCCCGUUUUUCCUUGGGUUCUCAAUGAUUAUGUUUCGGAGGUACUAGAUCUUUCAUCUACUGAUGUGUUUAGAGAUCUCACUAAGCCUAUGGGAGCGUUGACGGCUGAGCGUUGUGAGGCUGCGGAAACUCGCUAUACUAACCUGAGCAGUGUUGACGAAGAGCCAUUCCACUACGGAACACACUUCAGCUCAUCGAUGAUCGUUUGCCACUUCAAUAUUCGCAUGCAGCCGUUCACCAAUAUGUUCAAGACGCUACAGGGAGGAAACUGGGAUUUGCCCGACCGGCUUUUUGCUGAUAUCAGGAGAACAUAUUCUUCAGCGUCGCAUGACAUCCGAGGGGAUGUGCGUGAAUUGAUACCCGAAUUCUUUACUUGUUCGGAAUUCCUCGAGAAUUCAUCAAAUCUCGACUUCGGUAUAUCUCAAACUACCGGAGAACGGAUCCACAAUGUUAAACUGCCUGCGUGGGCAAAAGGAGACCCGCUCCUGUUCAUCGUAAUGCAUCGCCGUGUUCUUGAGGGCCAUUACGUCAGCAAGAAUCUUCCUGCUUGGAUAGAUCUCAUAUGGGGAUGCAAGCAACGAGACGUGGAUUCGGUGAACGUUUUUCACCCUCUCAGUUACGAAGGCGCAAUUGAUCUGGACAAGAUUACCAACGAUCUUGAGCGACAAGCUACUGUUGGAAUCAUCCACAAUUUCGGGCAGACUCCCAAGAAGCUCUUCACCUCACCACAUCCACCACGAAAUCUUGAAGGGUUCCUGAGUCUCCCUGUCACGAUAGCCCGUGGUGUCCCUGAGGACGCACUUGCGUUAGCAAGAGAUUCCAAGCCUUUCAAAGGCAAGUUCGUGCUGGACAGUGCUGUGUCGAAUAUUUCCGUCGACCUGUUUGAUGGGAAAUAUAGCGGUAUCCGUCCGUCGCCUCUUGGAGCGAUUGGCCUCCCUUCGAUUAGUCAUGAACAAAUCGAAUGGGAUCAGAACGCGAGUGAUCGCUCACUGCGAUUAGUAUCCCACGGAAAAGUCACGCAAGUCAUCGAGCAGGUAGCACUCACGUGUGCUGCCUUCGCAGACCAGGACACUCUAGCAACGGGUUCUGGUGAUAAUAUUGUGCGUGUUUGGCGCGUCAACCAAGCUUCGGGGCGGUCUCGCAGGCAUGCAUCUUCAACACUGUCGAUGACGCAUCUCCUCAGAGGACACACUGAACGUGUGGCGUGUAUUGCAACAUCGCGUACAUGGUCCGUUAUUGUCAGUGGCAGCAAGGACGGGAGUGCCAUCGUUUGGGACCUGAACAGAGGGUCUUAUCGGCAUUCAAUUUGGCACGGCAAUGAAAGCAUAAGAGCAGAAGUGUAUCUAUCUGCCAUCAAUGAGUCUACGGGAUACAUUGCUACUUGUUCCGUUUCCCACUUAAUGUUGCACACAAUCAACGCGAGACCAAUUGCCAGACUCGACACUGCGCGCGCGCCGAUUACUUCUCUGGCGUUCCAUGAACGUGAAUAUUCGCAUUUAGAUAUUCUUGCCACAGGUCACGACGAUGGUUCAAUCACGCUAUGGACAUGGAACGCAGACGGGACUCCAGCCGGAAUGCAAGCGCAAUGGGAGUUUGUUGAAGUUCGUCGGAUGAAUUCUGGACAGGGGGUCACUUCUCCUAGUGAACGCCUUUGCGCUGGUUAUACUUCUGGAUUGACAUAUAUGUGGACCAUUCCUACUUAA